CAGUACACCCUAAACCAUCGUCGCGGUUAGAAGAUCUCUCGCACCCCUACGCUCGCACGUGUAUACGCAGACACACACACGGGCGCACACAUAUCAUACACACACCACAUAUACGCGGUGUCGUACGCACGCACCAGCGGCAUCCACGCAAACGCACCUGAGCGAAAACGCGUGGCUAUUUACCCUCUGUUUACGAUACGGUCUGUCCGGCCUGUAUCCGCUAGCUCGUUUGUUUAUUCAAUCAGCUAUCCACCUGCUCUUCCGAUCCGCCAGAGAUUUCCGUUCAUUCAUACGUGCCCCACGGUGUUCAUUUAUCGUCGUGUCCGCUCUGCCUCACGUUCGCUUCAGUGAACUUCGAGAUGUAACCACGAUAAUUUCAUGUCCAUUUAUGUGCCGCAGCUUCAGUCGCAUUCCUACGUCACGUACGAAGUCACGGUCUCACUCAGAAGCAACCGGACUGUAUACUUUUGCCCUUCGAGACUCAUUCCGACACAUCGUAACCGGCGUGGAUCUUAAGACCCAGGCUGCGUGCACGUAAUCGAGCACAGUGUCGCGGGACGAAAGUGGCGGGUGGUGUGUUUACUGUGGUGGCGGUGAGGGUAUUAUCCUGACGGAACGAAAACUGGUCAGGUCAGUAACACGGGAUGCGACUAAAGCCCUGCCUCGCAACCUUCUAUCUCCUGUUGCUUUCAAUCGUCUCGAUCUAUAUCGUUCCCGCACUCAGUUCUAAUAUACGUUACAAGCGUUCGAGGUAUCAAUUUUUAGCAGAUGAUGAUAAGAAUGGCAUAUCGCAGAGCACAGGAGGAGUUCUGUCCAUGACGCCAACUUCGGUAGAUGAUGCAUCCACGGACUCGGAGAACUGGCAAAUUCGCAAGAACGGCAAUCCGUGCCUGGAGAAGUAUUGCGGCGCGGGAAGAAAGUGCCAAGUUUCCGCGGACGGCGAGAGGAUCGUCGCUGUGUGCGUCUGUGUUCCGAGAUGCGCGCAGAGGCAUCGACCGGUCUGUGCGAGCGACGGCAGGGUGUAUGCGAAUCGCUGCGAGCUGCAUCGCGCGGCCUGCAACGCAGACACGCCGUUGACCACGCGAAGGCUCUCCAGAUGCCUGAGCAAUGGUAAUUACAGCGCGCAGGCACGGAAGGAUUUCUUCGCGUACCAUGCCCUAUCGAAAGGCAAGAACUACACCAAGUUUAAGAAUAAGAUGAAGCAUCUUCCAGCGAGCAAAUCGAUCCCGCGAAAGAACGCUAUCGAAGAGUGUUCGGCGCAGGAAUAUGAAAUUAUGAAAGACAACUUGCUCCUGUACAGUCAUGCCAGAUUAAUGGCCGAGGAUAAUCACAGCAAGGAAUACUUGGUCAGCAUCAUGUUUUCUCACUACGACAGAAACAAUGACGGCAAUUUGGAACGGGAGGAGCUCGAACAGAUCGCCAAGGAGGAAAACAUGGAAGAGCUGUGUGCGGGAUGCAAUCUGAGCCAUAUGAUCAGCUACGAUGACACCGACGGCGAUGGCAGAUUGAACGUUAACGAGUUCUAUACGGCGUUUAGCAAGCUUUACAGUGUAUCAGUGGUAUCGCUGGAUAAAUCCCUCGAAGUGAAUCACAUAUCCGCGCGAGUCGGGGACAACGUGGAGAUUAAAUGCGAUGUCACCGGAACACCACCCCCGCCCUUGAUCUGGCGGCGUUAUGGCACCAACGUAGAAACGCUGAGCGAGCCGGAGAUUCGCGUUUUCAACGACGGUAGCCUCUAUCUGACGAACGUGCAGCUGGAACAUGCUGGUAAUUACACGUGCCAUGCUCUCAGGAAUCAAGAUGUAGUACAAACGCACAUGCUCACCAUAUACACCAUUCCUGAGGUCAAAGUGACACCACAGUUCCAAUCCAAGCGACCAAAGGGGGCGGCAAAGAUGAAGUGCCAUGUCGUAGGCGAGCCUCUCCCACGGGUGCGAUGGCUAAAGAACGACAAACCCCUGAGCGAGAAUCAGCCGGACAAGUACGAGGUGAUCGGGAACGGUACUAAGCUGCUAAUCAGGAAGGUCGAUUAUGCCGACACCGGUGCAUACAUGUGCGAGGCGACCAGCGCCGGGGGACUUACGAGAGACAUCAGCAGUCUAGUGAUCCAGGCGCAACCUACGCCAAUCGCGAUGGACGAAGAGCGCAGAUUCCUCUCCUUUCACGAAUGGGGUAUUUUAGUAUACGAGCCGUCUACAUGUCACGCGUUACACGAGAUUCACUCCACAGACAUCAUACCCGGCACUCAGGAAUACGUCUGCGGACCUAAAAGCGUACCGUGUUCCUGGGGACGUGCUAUAAACGUCGUUAAUAGAUACGUGUACGUCAGUCAGCCGGAUAAGGAUCGCGUGCUUGUAAUCAGCGAGGCGCAAAUGAUGAUAAUCGAUGUGGUAGCUACAGACAAGAAUCCCGUAGACCUGUGGUACGUAAAGAAUCUUGAUUACGUCUGGAUAUUGAACUGGAGGAGCGAGAUGGACGUCGGCAUCAAGACCGUGCAGAUAAUCAAGGAAGCUGCUCAGCGAAAGAAACACCAUACCAUGCGACCUGAACCCAUCGAUGCGCAGUUCGAUCUCGUGAAAGGCCUGUACAUUCCGCAGCAACGAGAUACCAAACAUACAUUCAAGUACGGUUACGUGACCCAUACGAAUCAGCACGGAAUGUACAAGCUCGAUCUGGCCAAUAUGAGAUACACUCGCACCGUGAAUCUGGCUAAUUACAACUGCGUACCAACAAGCGUCGAAUUCUCCGAUCUUUACGGCUUUGUGAUACUUGAAUGCGAGGAACCGAUCACCGGACGUCCAACCGGUCAAGUGCUAUUAGACUACCUGACUGACAGCGUUCUUGCUCACAAACCGAAUAUCCUGGGGAAGCCGGCGAUUUCUCCCGAUUCCAGAUACCUCGUCACUCUCGACAAGCAAGACACCGGUGUCACCCUCGUAGUGCAAGAAAUAUUACCAAACGGACUGAAAUUCGCAUUCGACGUGAAGACGACUUUAAACAUCAGCGAUAUUGCUUUCUACCCGUCGCAAACGACGCAUAGCUACGACAUAUACGCUUCGUCGAUAGACAAGGAAGACAUUCUUUUUCUCGAUUUAACCACUGGAAAAGUGGAAAUGAUAACAGGCGUGGGAAAAGCAACACCGCCGCACCUCACCAAAUGGGGUAAUCCGAAUAGACCGAUAAUACAAAGCGGUAUAUUUGGUCGAUACAUGGUAAGCCCCUCCAACCAAGCGCUCUUUGUUCUCAACGGGGAAACCCGUACAGUGAAUUGCGAGAUUGGUGGCCUUAUACAUCCCGGCGCAAUUGUCUGGUUCACUGUUUCGCUGCGUUAACGAAUGUAACUUUGCGACGACGACAAUAUGAGACGUACGUAUAUAAAUUGAACAUAGGGAUCCAAGCUGAUGUACUAAAAGCAGGGCAUCGUGAAAUUUUAGACGAAUUUAAAGGUACAUACGUAAACCCGACGCCAUGAAUACCUUCAUCUUUUCUAGAUAGAUAUUUUUACAUUGAGAUUGUUUGUAAAUUGAAAACGUCAUUUUCAAACAGAGAUAUUACAUUAUAUAGAUAUUAUCUAAACCAUAUAAAAUAAUGUAAUAAAUUUAAUGGAAACUGUGUCAUGUGAUUCAAACAAAACAGAUUGUAUAUUAUUUUUCGAAAAACAGUCUACACUUUUAAAAUUAUGGUAAUUAUUGAAAAUAAAAUUU